AACAAGCCGACUGACUAAUCAAGGGUCAAACUCGCCGAAGCAAAGCACUGCUGAAAAACUACUUUACCCAGAAGCUCUGUCAAUUUAUGGCGGAAUCUACAGAGCCUGGCUAGCUACUAUCCAAAUCAACAACAACAAAAUCUAACGUUAGUGGGUAGAAGAUGCUGCGCAGAAAGCCCACCCGUCUGGAGCUGAAGUUGGAUGACACCGAGGAGUUUGAGAGCGUUAAGAAAGAGCUUGAGAGUCGGAAGAAACAGCGAGAUGAGGUGGAUGUUGUUGGCGUGGCGAUGUCGAGUGACAUGGUGGGGGCCGGUAGUGGAACAGGGGAUGGGAAGACACGGGAACAGAUGAUCAAUGAGAGAAUAGGCUACAAGCCCCAUCCUAAACCCAACACCUUGCCAUCACUCUUUGGAAACCUGCAAUUUUAGGUUCCUAACGGACACAGAGACCGCUAAAAUGGUUGGUCCCUCCAGCUGGUGUGUGGUUGGCACCGUGACUGUGCUCUUGAAAUGGUCAGGGGUAUUUGUUUACCUGAGAAGUGUAUCCCUACAAAAAAAAAUGUGUACUUUGAGGAUCAUAUUGCAUUCAUAAGUCUAAAGUAAUGUUUCUGCAUUUACCUGAAAAGUUAGGACUUGCGAUGCAAAGGGUGGCCUUUUGUACAAUGUAAUGUUUGAUGAGAGGGGUGUGUACAGUGGUUUCCCUCCUUUAUUACAAACAUCCAGACUUGGUAGCAUCUGUGGAAAGAUGGAUUAACUGAAUGGACUUUAACUAAAUCAGUCAUUACUUAA